AUUAGACAGAUUGUGAACAAGGAGGCACCAAUCACCAUAGAGGUGUUGUGAAAUGUCAGCUCCAUUCUCCGACCGACAAGAACUGAUCGAUUUCUUGGUAAACAAGGGCAAUGGAGUCACAGGCCUCUCCCAAAUGGGCCUUUCAUCUCUUCCUCAACCCUUCAUUCAACCCCCCGAAGGAAGGCUAAGCGCAACCCAUUUGCUCUCCGAGGAGUCCAUACCCAUCAUUGAUGCCUCCAAUUGGGACGACCCAAAUAUCGGCAAAUCAAUCUGCGAGGCUGCAGAGAAUUGGGGGUUCUUUCAGAUCAUCAAUCAUGGAAUCCCCUUUGAGGUUCUCGAGGGCGUGAAGGCGGCUGGGCACAGGUUCUUUGAGCUCCCAGUUGAGGAGAGAAGGAAAUGGAUCAAGGAGAAUUCGCCCACCCACACUGUCCAGUUGAUGACCAGUUUGAGCCCUCUGGCUGUGAAGGUUUUGGAGUGGAAAGAUUAUCUUUUUCACAUUUACAAUUCCAAGGAUGAGAGUUCUCAGUUAUGGCCUUCUGUAUCCAAAGAUCAAGUUUUGGAGUACAUGAAGUGGGUUCAACCCGUAAUAAGAAAGCUCCUCGACAUUUUACUCAAGGGGCUUAACGUAGACGAAAUGGAUGAAGCAAAGAAAUCUUCGCUAAUGGGGACAUUGAUGGUUAACCUCAUCUACUACCCAAAAUGUCCUAACCCCGAGCUCACAGCCGGAGCGGGCCCACACGCCGAUAUCUCAUCCAUCACCGUCCUCUUACAAGACGACGUGGGUGGCCUCUAUGUGCGAGCCCCGCAAGGCGAUGGAUGGAUCCAUGUACCACCAACGAAGGGGGCACUCGUGAUCAACAUCGGGGAUAUCCUUCAGAUAAUGAGCAACGGGAGGUACAAGAGCAUUGAGCAUCGAGUGAUUGUGAACUCGAAGAGGAACAGGAUCUCGGUGCCCGUAUUUGUCAAUCCAUCGCCUGAUGCAGCUAUCGGUCCAUUGCCACAAGUGGUGGAGCGCGGAGAGAAGCCGCUAUAUAAACAGGUUGUUUACUCUGAUUACUUCAAUUAUUUCUUCAGUAAGGGCCAUGAGGGCAAACACACAAUUGAAUAUGCAAAGAUUUGAUGUUUUGUGUGUCUUUUAAUUGUAUAAGAGAUUCAAGUUAAUGUUGAGCAGGCUUGUUUAACUAGCCAAGAUUUGUGUUUGGUUUUA